UUCCGAAAGCUAUUUCGAUUUUCGCUAAGAAAGAAAACGUCAGGCACCAUUCAAUAUGGGCUUGAAAUACGCGAUCAAAAGCUAGUUAUAGCUGAAAUAUUGCUCUAAUUGUAGUGUUAUUGUUAUUAUAGUUUCAUUUUACAUGUACGUUGUGUAACUUUAUUAGAAGAAAAUGGAUACGUUUAUCAUAGGAUACCUCGGUUAUGGCGUUUGUUGAUCACUAAAAAUUUCGUUCGGUUCAUAGUUUUCUUUAUAUUUGAUGUCAGCUUUAGGUUUGUGAUCAUCUGUUUCGUUCGUGUUUACGUGUUUUCUUAAAAUGGUGAAAGAAAAACCUAAUUCUAUUCGGAUUUACGACGACGAAGGUUUUAGACGCCGUGCGGCAUGUAUAUGCGUACGGUCGGACGCCGAAACGGAGGUCCUCCUUGUGACGUCGUCUCGGCGGCCAGACAAUUGGAUCGUGCCUGGUGGCGGUGUAGAACCGGAGGAGGAACCCUCAGUGACUGCGAUGCGAGAAGUGCUCGAGGAAGCUGGAGUCAUUGGCAAACUGGGCCGGUGUCUUGGUGUGUUUGAGAAUCGCGAGCACAAACACAGGACAGAAGUGUACGUGAUGACGGUGACGCAGGAAUUAGCCGAGUGGGAGGACUCCAGGCUAAUGGGCCGCAAGCGGCAGUGGUUCUCUAUAGACGACGCGCUCGCCCAGCUCGCCCUGCACAAACCUAUCCAGAGACAUUACCUGCAGCAGCUGCGACGCUCCAAACAGAACAAAACCGACGACCCCGGCAGCUAAGCCACGACUUUAUAUAUCUACCGCGAACUGACUCGGUUUCCUCUCCACGACCCCCGCCUCUAUCGCUCUAUCGGGCCUCGGUCCCUGCGCUGGGUUUAAGGUCUCCGACCCAAAGCUAAGUCACUAUAUCGAUAAUGCCCAAUUGCGCUAAAUAUACAAGAAAACGCUCUUCUACAUGUUGCUAAUAUAACUAUUUGCUCCGUAGAUAUAGAAAAAGAUAAAAAUACCCUUUCUUCAAAUGGUAAUUUGUUAAGAUUUAUAUAUAUUUAUUGUGAUCAUGCUCUGGCUGACUAAGCGUCCUUAUGUUUUAUUCAAACGCCUAUGUCAUAAUUACGUAAUAAUUAGAAGACAGAAUAAUAACAUCAUGUGAAUGGGUCUUUAUAGCGCGGGCGCUUCUCAAUUUUUAUCUUUGUAAUUAUUUUUAACAAUAAUGUAAUACAUAUUGCAUUGUGUGACGUCACUAUGAAGUAAUAUGACAGGGGUGGGGAAGCAAUCUUGAGCGAGGUGAAUGAUAUUCAUAUUUUUAUUUAUGAUCGGAAUGAGCCAGUUCCACUUUCCCAAAACGUAAUGUAUAAUAAAUAAAAUAGUAAUAUAUAAUUUUAUAUAUUUAAAAUGAAAUUUCAGAAUUAAAAUUUCUAGGCAAGUCCAAAUCUGUGCAGCUUUAAUUGAGUAACAAAUAGGCAUACAUUUCAAAUUUUUGAUAAAUGGCCAAUAGCAUAUCCGUAUGAACUGUGUUGAUUUAGAACUUGCCGUCUUUGUGAUUGUUAAUUUAUAAAAUAAAUAUGCGCACUCAGUCAUAUAUUAAAUAAUAUUUUCAAUGCAAUGUUAAGUUUACGUCAUCAUACACGCGAAACGUUAAACACUGAUACAAAUUAAUAUUACUUUAAAGAGAUGCAAGUGUGUAUAACUUUAGUUCAAACCUUAAUAGUUGCGUUUAACGGCUUUAUUAUGUUAUCUUUGUCAUGAACUUGAUGUCGAACUGGUAAUUAGGGAAAAACUUUCUGAAUUAUUUUAUUCUUUUAACUUAGUCAUUUAUAUGCCAUAAUUUUAUUUAUGUAUCUCAUUGUUUAAGUGUUUUAAAUAGGAUUAUAACUUGUGUAUAAUGUGAAUAUAUUGUACUAUUUCUAGCCAAAUAGUGACAUUGGCUUUGUGUCAUUUCGGUAAUGACCUUUUUUAGAGACCGUGGCCCGAGCGUGAUGAAAAAUGCAAUGCUAAAAUAAAAACGCUGCGACACGUAACUCUGUAACAUCCCUUCUUUUCUACUUUUACGUAUAUUUUUAUACUACGAUGGAAUAAAUGUUAAUUUUAUUUUGUUAGCAUUAAAUUGAAAAGACAUAUGAACUCUAUUUUUAUUUAAAUUAAUUAACUUGACUUUUUUUUAUUAAGGAAUCUGAAUGAGUUUUUUAAUAAUAAUAAAUUUUAUAUUGCUCUUCUCAAAAGU